UCCUCCUCACCCUCCUCACCCUCUACACCCUCUACAUCCUCUACAUCCUCUACACCCUCCUCACCCUCUACACCCUCUACAUCCUCUACACCCUCCUCACCCUCUACAUCCUCUACAUCCUCUACACCCUCCUCACCCUCUACAUCCUCCUCACCCUCUACACCCUCUACAUCCUCUACACCCUCCUCACCCUCUACACCCUCUACAUCCUCUACACCCUCCUCACCCUCUACAUCCUCUACAUCCUCUACACCCUCCUCACCCUCUACAUCCUCCUCACCCUCUACACCCUCUACAUCCUCUACACCCUCCUCACCCUCUACACCCUCUACAUCCUCUACACCCUCCUCACCCUCUACAUCCUCUACAUCCUCCUCACCCUCCUCACCCUCUACACCCUCUACAUCCUCUACAUCCUCUACACCCUCCUCACCCUCUACAUCCUCCUCACCCUCCUCACCCUCUACACCCUCUACACCCUCUACACCCUCUACAUCCUCUACACCCUCCUCACCCUCCUCACCCUCUACACCCUCUACAUCCUCUACAUCCUUCUCACCCUCUACAUCCUCCUCACCCUCUACACCCUCUACAUCCUCUACAUCCUCUACACCCUCCUCACCCUCCUCACCCUCUACACCCUCUACAUCCUCUACACCCUCUACAUCCUCUACAUCCUUCUCACCCUCUACAUCCUCCUCACCCUCUACAUCCUCUACAUCCUCCUCACCCUCUACACCCUCUACAUCCUCUACAUCCUCUACACCCUCCUCACCCUCUACACCCUCUACAUCCUCUACAUCCUCCUCACCCUCUACACCCUCUACAUCCUCUACACCCUCCUCACCCUCUACAUCCUCUACAUCCUCCUCACCCUCUACAUCCUCCUCACCCUCUACACCCUCUACAUCCUCUACAUCCUUCUCACCC